AUGUUGGUCUUUCGUCGAGGACAAAUCUCUGUCACUCUGCUCGGACGCUUGGGCGGCGCACGGCUCUUUUUGUUGUAUGCCUCGUGGAGUCCCACGGUGGAGCUGCUGGGACCGUACAACGCUCACUGUAUCCACCACCUGGUGCUCUCUCUGGAGCGCUUCAACCCGGGCUCCCAGUGUCUCAAUCUCCAAGAAGUGUACGCCGCUCUUUUGCCGACACUGGUUGUGCUCAGCCGUGAUCACGGUCUCCAGGACGACGUAAAAGUUCCAUUCUUCUCCCAACUCCCCGAUUCAAUUCAGGUCUUGUACCGGCCCCCAUCCUUCUUUUCCCUUGAAUCCAGCACCACCGCUCCGUCGUCGAGUCUCUCGCAUUCGUGGCCCCGCUCAGGGAUUCGUUCCUACCCCGGACGGAACGAGAGUCGCUCGUUCUCGACGUCUUCUCAUUUUGGCUCGCCGUCUGACCCGUUGUCGUGGAGCGGCGCUCCUUCAUUUUCGACCUUGAGUUACUGCCAGCACCAGCACGACCGCCUUCUUCUCCAACUGCUCCACCUCGGCCUCCUGUCUACUCAGCGGGCGCUCCAGUUCGCCGAGGCGGCAGCGUAUGAGCGGAGUCGGCCACCUGUUGAAUUGCCGACUCUUCUCUCGCCUCGCGUUCUUCUUGAUGCCGGAGCAACGCAAAGCUCACCUCCCCCGAGUCGUGGGACUUUCGGCGCCUUUUCCGCGUUCAGCGGCCUGGCCACUGCGCCAGGAAAUCCCCACCGCGAGACCCUUGAGUCUCCGUAUCGCCCCACAGGCUCCGUCCUCGACCGUCGCAGUGACUGGGAGCCAUCCGCGCUGUCAGGAGCUGUGGCGACAGGAGGCGCUUUAGGCGAAGCUGCGUUGGAACAAUGGCGCCAGUUCAUGGUGUCCUUCUCCAGUGACCUAGCCGCUUCGUGCUCCUCUCGUGCUCGCCGAGCGGCAUCGGGAGGCACAUUUGGGAGUGUCUCGCCCUCCAUGACGGCGAGAGUCGCUACCGCCGCAGCAGCCGAGCCGAAAACGAUUGUCGGCAUAUGCACGGCCCUCGUCACAUUCCUCACUGUCCCUUUCCUGCCAGAUGAUUGUGCUGUGGAGCUGAACCGGAUCCCAGAUGCGGAACCGCUAGGCGGGAGCGACGUUCUCCAGACUGUCGCGGCUGAGCCUUCCGCCUCGGAGGGCAGUUCCGUCUAUCGCUCUCUCACGAGUCUCUUCAUCCCCAGCAGCGCGGCGGGGGAGCUCCCCGGCGUCAGUGCGGUCCUUCAGCCGCUUCGAGACCAGCUGGUUCUUCUUCAGCGGCGCCAACAGCGCGAGCUCGCGGUCUUGCCGAAGCCAGUGGCGGUCGCAGCUGCGGUAGUGGAGUUUUGGGAGGCGUUCCAAGUGCACCAGAGCACAGGGCUCCGUAUUCGUGAGCUCGUUUGGGUGGACGGUCGAGAAAAAACGCGCGCCAAGUCACCGUUCUUGCAACAUCUGGAAGGAUCCGAGCGUCUUCUUAUUGCAGCCGUGCGGAGGGGGGUGAAUGACAUCAACUGGUCUUCUUCUGCCAGCUGUUUGACAUCUCAACAGAGGCGCCUUCUGCUUCCAGCUCAAUCCGAACAGCUUCAGAAACUGCAGUAUCUUCUUGGGUCCCGCGCGAACGCAGCUGUACGUACACCUCAUCGCAUGCAUUCGUACGACAAAUCGUACGACGACUUCACGACGCGCUUCUGGCUCUGGCAGCAGUUCAACCGCCUCAAAGAAGAAGUAGGCGGCCUCUUUUUAGGGUGUUGCGCCGUCGCGGCCGCUGCAGCGCUCGGGGGCUUUCUUUUCGCGUUUCUGGCGAGGCAGAACUGGGCAACCGAUGCCUCUACCGGCCAACAGCCCCCGCCGAGGGGAACGCCAAUUCCGCCUGCACCCCAGAACUUGGGCAUGUCGAGCUGGUGGUCUCGACCGUGGACAGGGCUGUCUCGCUUCUUGGCCAGGCGGAUCGAAGGCGACGGAAGCGUAGGACAAGAACCCUACUCCCGGUCGGGUGAAACGGGAAUGAGUGAUUCCUUCCUGGGAUACGCUCCAUGCUAUCCCCGCAAUGCUGACUUGGCUGACAGCCGCCUCCUUCAAUAUGGGAGGGACCCGACCUACUUCGUAGACCGCAUGCAAAAGGGGAGAGGUACGGGACUUGGUUUCGCAUCUAGCCCCGCCGACGAACUUGUGACGGCUUCUUACGGCCAAAACCUGUGGGGUCUUCACAGAGCACCUCAAGACUCGGGCUUUUCUUCCCAGACUUUGGCUCCUCUUUUCCCGAGCGUAGCGAGCAAAGAUUCCAACACGGGUGGCGGUGCAAGUACACUGCGGACCGCCUACGCGCUGUCUUCGCACCUCCCAGCAUCCUUGAACAACGUUGACGCUGGGAGCUACGGCGCACAGCCCGGCGCCGGGGGCCUUGCCCGGUUUGCUGAGGCUGGAGACAGCGCGACGCCCAGCGUCUUGACACCGGGGUGUCUGUACUCGGGAAGGGACGAACUUACGACGCUCUAUUUAGCUCUCGCAAGCGCUGGUAGGGGAAGCAGCUCUGGCCUGGGAGGCCCAGGAAGAGGUCCGGAGUUCUCGGCAGGCAGCUUUACGGGGGGUUAUGGCGGCUAG